AUGGAAUCCUGGGGCGGUGCAGCUUCUGCUGGUCUUGGUUUACUUCAGUAUUGCAACCUCAACAGCUUCAGAACGAAGUUCAUAAUUGGUUUCUCUUUCUUCAUGGGCCUUUCGGUGCCACAGUACUUCAAUGAUUAUGUGGUAAAUACUGGUUUGGGUCCUGUUCGCACUCAUUCUGCUUGGUUCAACACGGUAAUGCUAGUGAUCUUCACGUCGCCAGCCGUGGUGGCAGCCAUGGUUGCGGUGUUCUUGGACAACACCUUUGCUCGUAAACAUCCCUCCACUCGGAAAGACAGUGGUAGGCACUGGUGGGCAAAGUUCAAAUAUUUCGAUAAAGAUGCCCGAAGUGCAGAAUUCUAUUCUCUCACUCUCAAUCUUACAAAAUACUUUCCUUCGGUCUGA